AUGACAGAAGGAAACAAACAGAAAACCGAUCAACUGGAACAGAUUGCCUUGAGCGAACACUCAGAUACAAGUGAAUCGAGUUCGAAUGUAGAGGAAGUGAUAGAUCUGAUCAAUGGUAGUACUUCUCGCAUAUCAAGGGACCACGGGACUAAUAAUCACAAUGGCGGUACAGAUAUCCACAGUCAGAUCCAUAAUACCCGUGCAUCAGAACCAGUAGGUUCAAGCGACGAGGACGACUACCUACUUAGUGAUGACAAUGUCAGUGAGGAAACUACUUUCUCUGGUGAAGGGCAUCGGAUGGGAUACAAUGCCACUUUAUCAGAGAGAGCUGACUAUCUUGCCGGUACUCUUGAUCAUGCUUUGGACUCCCUUGAAUUAGAUAAGUCCUUGGUGGUUCAGGCCCAGCUAAGUGGGAUGUUGAACAACGAGAAUCAGAAUAUCACGGAGAAACGACAGCAGAUUCUAGAAAAAUUGAAGAUGCUUCAGGAUUUGCUCCACAAAAACUUUGAGCCUAGGUUUGAUCCGGAGACAAAUACCAAAAUCAGCGUUGUACAGAAGCUCAAUCACGACAUAAAAAACAUUGAAACUCGGAUCCGUGUGUUAAAAGAAGGUCGUAAAGACAAGGGUGUGAUGUCGUUUCUUGGUAACUCCAAGAAUGUCAAAGGCGUGAUGAGCCUAUACCCGAUUGAGUAUAGUCAGGCAAGAGAUAAAGUACUAGAAAGGCAGAUUGAUGAGGACAUAGUGUUUUGA